CUUACUAGCUCCCACAUGGACACUCCGGCUGCUGGAGGGAGUGAGACGGGAGACGAGGAGCAGAGAGAAAGAGAGACUCUACAUUCGUCUCGACUUUAAUGCCGCAGCAAACCAAGCUCCGCACUCCACAUAAGCUGCCUCUUGAAGGUGUGCAUGGCUGUUGUCCUCAGGAAUAUGAAGAAAAAGUGCAAGCUGCACCUGCAGUUCAAACUGGCCGACCAAGAUAGCAGCUUGGCGCCUCCCUCUCCCAGUCCCCAGGCGCGGGGCCAGUGGGCCACCAAACUGGAGUUCCUGCUGGCUGUGGCGGGACAGAUCAUCGGCCUGGGAAAUGUGUGGAGGUUCCCAUACCUGUGCUACAAGAAUGGAGGAGGGGCAUUUUUCAUCCCAUACGUUCUGUUCCUGUUCACCUGCGGCAUCCCCCUCUUCCUGCUGGAGACCUCCCUGGGCCAGUACACCAGCCAGGGGUGCGUCACCUGCUGGAGAAAGAUCUGCCCCCUGUUUGAGGGAUUAGGCUAUGGGAGUCAAGUAGUGGUUUUGUACUCCAGUAUCUACUACAUCAUUAUUUUGGCCUGGGCUUUCUUCUACCUCUUCUCUUCCUUCAGUUCUACACUCCCCUGGUCCACCUGUGGAAACUUCUGGAACACAGCCACCUGUGUUGAUUUUGAACUGAAAAACAUAUCGAAAAACUGGACAUUUGCCGAGAACGCUACGUCACCAGUGCGGGAGUUUUGGGAGAGACGAGUGCUGAACAUCACAGACAGUGUCCAUAACCUUGGGGUGAUAAAAUGGGAGCUGGCUUUGUGUCUCCUGCUGUCCUGGAUCAUCUGCUACUUCUGCAUCUGGAAGGGUGUGAAGUCUACUGGAAAGGUGGUGUACUUCACAGUCACCUUCCCCUACGUGAUGCUGGUGGUGCUGCUGAUUCGGGGGCUCACACUUCCUGGAGCAAAAGAUGGCAUCAUAUUCUACCUCUACCCUGAUCCUGCCCGACUCACAGACCCUCAGGUAUGGAUGGAUGCUGGGACACAGAUAUUUUAUUCCUAUGCUAUCUGCAUAGGCUGCCUGACAGCCCUGGGGAGUUACAACAAGUACAACAACAACUGCUACAAGGACUGUAUAUACCUGUGCCUUCUGAACAGCACCACCAGCUUUGUGGCUGGUUUUGCCAUCUUCUCAGUGCUGGGCUUCAUGGCGUAUGAACAGGGAGUGGACAUCUCCAUGGUGGCUGAGUCAGGUCCUGGGUUGGCAUUCAUUGCGUACCCUCGAGCAGUCGCCAUGAUGCCCUUUCCCCAGCUAUGGGCUAUCUUCUUCUUUGUCAUGAUCAUCUUGCUGGGCUUGGACAGUCAGUUUGUAGGUCUAGAGGCUCUCGUUACUUCCAUUUCGGACAUGUACCCUGCCUUCUUCCAAGUUGGACACCGUCGAAAACUCCUUCUCCUAAUUAUAAGUGUGGGAUGUUUCCUCAUUGGCCUGGUUAUGGUCACAGAGGGUGGCUUGUACAUUUUCCAGUUGUUUGAUUACUAUGCCUGCAGUGGAAUGGCCCUGCUGAUUUUUGCCAUCCUUCAGUCAAUAUGUAUCGGAUGGGUGUAUGGUGCAAAUCGAUUAUACAACAACAUUGAGGAUAUGAUUGGUUAUCAGCCACUGCCUCUGAUUAAAUACUUCUGGCGUUAUGUUACCCCACUUAUCUGUGCUGGCACCUUCAUCUUCUCCCUGAUCAAGUACACCCCCCUCAAAUUCAACAAUGUUUAUGAGUACCCCUGGUGGGGCUACGCCAUUGGUUGGUUCUUCACCCUUUCUUCUACACUCAUAGUACCUUUCUGGAUGGUAUAUGUCAUGGCCAUCACCCCUGGAUCAAUACGGCAGCGACUCCGUGCCCUCUGCACGUCAGCUGAGGACCUCCCCCUCACACGUGCACAGAAGGAGACACUCUUCCCCACUCCGUACCAACCUGGAAAGCUCCCUGGAUUGUACAGUACCUGCGAGACAUUGGGGCAGUAUAGCCUUCCCCUGGCAGUCUAGGCAGCAGUCUAGGCAGCAGUCUAGGCAGCAGUCUAGGUCAUGGCUCUGCACUGACGUCGCCACCUUUGAGGAAGCAAGGUGGCCAAAUGCUGCAUUUUAUUUGUUGGACUAAUAUUGUUAAGAAACUGGACUUUUACACUGCUCUGACACUGAAGUGUCGUGGACCAGGGAUCACUCAAUUGAUGUUGCCGGGAUGUAACUAUGGACAACUUCGUCAGUAGGUGUGAUGCACAGAAAAGCACAGGGCUGUUCAGUCCGCUGACCACCAAUGUUCACAAAAAACAAAAAACCUAAACGAAUAGUCUUGACAGAAGUUUGCUCCUUGUGUUGUUAUUCAUGGCUCACUAACUCCAUGCCUUUUAGCAAACAUUGAAACAGCCAUUGUUCUAGGUGAUGAUUGAUUCAGGGGUCUGGCCACACUAUCUCGCAAACUCAACCCCACUUAUCUGCCUUUUGUCAUAAUACACUUUUUUAGAGAAAGACGUUUAUUCAUUUAUUUAUAGUUUUUAGUAUAUUAAUUAUACUGUAAUCAUAACAUGGUGAUAAUAUUUUCUAAUAAAAAUUGGUCCAAUCAUCAUUAUCAUA